AUGUAUUUCGUUUCAGAUACAUCAAAAUUUCGUGUGGGAGGCUUAAUGGCAUAUAGCGAUGUAGAAAUACGCCCUAGUCAUCUACCAUUUGGUGCUAUGGAUCGUAUAGAUUUUAUUUCAACAACAGAAGACAUUGAGCCUUACUACAGUCGAUCAAAUAGUAAUAGUAGUGAUCAGGAAGUUUCUCUUGAUAAUGAUAUUAUUAUAUCAUCUGCAACAUCAACAAUAAGUGUAAAUAAUAAUAGUACUGAAGAAAAUAUUUUUGAUGAGGAAGAUAUUUUUGAAUACUAUACGCAAUUUAGUUGGCCAAAUGAUAGUGAUAAUGAAUUAGAAUAUUAUUAUUAUGAUGAUAAUAAUGAUGAUUUAUUUAUUAAUAAUCAUCUUAAUCGAAAACAAAUCAAUUCAAUUGAUAUAUUAGAAGAUAAUAAAUUUCAACGUACAAAACGUUCAAAUAAAAAAAUUAGUGCACGAUGUCAGAUUAAAACAAAAUAUGCUAAAUCAAUUAAAUAUAAAUCACAUAACGAACAAUUAUAUAUGCAUCAUAGAUUAUAUAAACAAGUUCGACUUGAUCCACCCAGUCGUCAUUAUAUGCCUUCAUCUUCAACAAUUCCAUCAUAUACACCUGAAGUUCUUCGAACAUUCACAAACAAUAAUAAUGACAGAGAUAAACCGCCAGUAAAUCGAACUACAACUACUAAUACUGUUAAUCAAUUCCAAGCAUAUACAAUUAAUCCGCAUAAUAUUCCAAAUGAACCAGCUUUUGAUGAUGCUAUGAUAAAUUUUCUACUGGAUAUGCAAAAUCGUGAUCUUUCUCCAAAUGAUUAUGAAAUGUUAUUACGACUUGAUGAACGUGUACAACGUAAAACAGUUAAUAAAAAUGUUUUAGAUAAAUUUCCAACUGUAACUGUUAAUGAUACACAUUUAAAUGAACAAUGUACAAUUUGUUUGGAAAUAUAUAAUCUUGGUCAACAACUUAAAUUAUUACCAUGUUCACAUAUGUUUCAUGUAAAUUGUAUUGAAACAUAUUUGAAAGAAUUUUCUACACAAUGUCCAUUAGAUAAUUUAUCGUUAAUAUGA